AUGAAAGUACGUCGGUGGAGCUACACAGCGCUACACACAAGUCUCAACAGCAGUAGUGGUUGGCGCAGCAAUGACGUUAUUCGCCUCCCACACUUUGUGACUCGCUGUCCAGCAUCUUCUUUUAGUUCCGCAUCAUCACGCCCAUUUGACGCAGUGUACGUUAUCAAUCUCGAUCGGCGCCCAGACCGUUGGGCAUUCAUCUCACGGCAGCUGCAGCGUGCGGGCUUCCGUGAAGGGGAGUACGAGAGAUUUGGUGCGAUUGAUGGUCACACUGUUGAUGCUCAAAAGGCGCGGGCAUGUGGAUUGGUGUCACUGUUAGGUCUUCUUCGAGUGCAAGAGCGCGAGUUCCGCCGAAUUUGGGGGAUGGAUUUGAAUCCUGCGGCAGUGGGGUGUGCACUUAGUCAUGCGUUGAUUUGGGCCACCAUUGCGGCACGGCGCCAUCACUGUGUUCUCGUUGUAGAGGAUGACUCCUUGUUUUCAGAUGAUUUUCAACAACGGUACGUGGAGCGCAUGCGGCAUGUUCCGCAGGAUUGGGAACUUGUAUACGUGAGCGGGCUUGACACGGCGCAUCAGGCAUCUCAGCUGCGUGUUGCGGAGGGCGUAAGUCGUGUGCCUCAGUUGCACCGAACGACGAAUUGCUACGUUGUAUCCCAUCAAGGGGCUCGUCAGUUACUACAGUUAUGCCUACCGAUGGCGUACCAACUGGAUACGAUGAUGACGUUGCAUGUGGCAUCGGAUGUCCAGAGUGGCGUUCCAUAUGUGACAUCCCCUGUGUGCUACACGCUGCAGCCACCUUUAGUGGUGCAAGCUACACGGAUGGGAUCAGAUAUUCAGUGUCGCAAUGGCAGGGAUGAACAGGAGGAGGAGCGGGCGCGAUGCAGGGCGGCAGGGUGGACCACAGAUUGA